AUGGAAUGGAUAAGCGAGCAGCACCUUGUAUCAAGGAAGCCAACCGAACGAAUAUUGUCGAAGCUCAAGAGCUCAUGUACCCUGCCUUUCGCCUCAAGCUGCCAAAUUUCGUCAAUGCAGAUGUGA